AGAGUUCUGGACAUUUCAUCAGGCGACAACAUGCCUGCUCCCCGGCUGUGAGCCGUUGAUUGUAUGAAGUCCGUUUGUAAAGUCGCUGUUGAAUUAUUCACAUCCGGAAGAACUCACAGUUCAGCCUCAGCUCGUCGACUCGGAGGAGAAAUGUGUAAAGAGCUCAAGACCAAAGUGCUGCGGCUGCUGUCGCCGACUUCCAACGGGCCAUGUGUUCAUCAGCAGGGCCAAACAGAUAAUGCUGAGAUUCUGAGUUGUACAGUAAAAUCUCUGAAGGAGGGCCAUGUUGUCGGCGUGCCCACAGACACCAUCUACGGCCUGGCAUGUCUGGCCCAGAACUCUGAAGCCGUCAGAAAGACCUACGACAUCAAAGGACGAAAUGGACAUAAACCGCUGGCCAUCUGUGUCGGAGAAAUCCAGGAUAUCUAUAAGUACUGUAAGGUGAAGGUGAAGGAUGGGCUGUUAGGUGACCUGCUGCCUGGUCCUGUCACGCUAGUGUUCGAAAGAUCUCAAGUACUGAACACGGAUCUCAACCCCUUUACUUCACUUGUCGGUGUUCGUAUCCCGGACGACGCCUUCAUGAGACGCCUUUGCCAGAUGUGUGCCGAACCACUCGCUCUCACCAGCGCUAACAUCAGCUCUCACACCAGCACCGUGGCCGUGCAAGAGUUUCAGGAGCUCUGGCCCAAACUGGCAGUGGUCGUAGAUGGCGGACCGAUAGGAGACCACAGCCGCCUCGGAUCAACAGUGGUCGACCUAUCGGUUCUCGGCAAAUACCGCAUCAUCAGACCCGGCUGUGCUCUUUCUUCUACGGUUGAUGUGCUGGAGCACAAAUAUGGACUGUCAGAGGACUCGGGGGGUGAAGAUGAACCUUUGAACUCUCCGCCCUCCACAUCACGCGCUGAGACGCACAACCGCCGCUGACCGCUGGCUUCUUCAGAAGAGAUGAACGCUUUUCAUGUUCACAUGGAAGAAUGAGUGUUUCCCGAGGAAGGACUAGAACUCCAGAACGACUCUGCGGCUCAAAUGGUUCUGGUGGCCGCUUUACGGUCUGGAGGAACUUGUUUCCUUUGAUGACCUUAUUCUCUGACCAACUAUGUGAUCAUGGGUUCAUGUGGGAUCUUAAAGUGUCACAGUUCUCUACCAUCUUUUUAGAAACACAGACCAAGGUCAGCUAUAUUGUAUUGAAUUUAUUUUCUUUGCAUAUAAUUAAAACUGUACAACUUUUUUUAUUGUCAAAACAAUGUGGCUUAACAGAAAAUACAAUUUUUAUUAUAUUAUUUCUAUACAGGUUAGAGGUCUCAUUGGGUUCAUUUUAUGGCUUAAAUGUAAUAACAUAUGGGAUGGAAGGAGUUCUGUAAAUUGCAUUGACUAUACAUCAAGUCCAGAACUAUAUUUUAUUCUCUUAUGAAUCUCCUAUAUUUAUUUGAUCUGCAUGUCAUUUUAACCGUGUGAACAUUGCACUACAGCGACAGCUACAAUAACUGUUUUAUGGCGGACCCUAAAAUACAUUUACAAGUUUGAAAAUACCGUAAUAUUUCAGAUUUAUGUUGGUCAGCAUGUUGAAUUAGUGGAUGAACAAUAUGUAAUUCCUCUGCCAAUUUGCACAUUACAAACUGGAGCGAUGGAUUGCGCAACCUUUGCGCAGCCACAAUAAAAGUUUUUUUUCAGUA